AUGUCUAGAAGUAGAAAGGCAUGUCAGCUGGGCAACGUUUACCACUUGCAACAAGCUACACCAAGCGUUGCAUUUGUGCUGCUCUUGAUGUCGAUUAAAGGUGAUAAACAAACAAGCAAUGGUAACUAUUAUUUUGUUACACCAUUAAGUGGAUAUCCAGCUGUGGAACCUUCGUUUGAUGACGACUUGAUUCAACUUUAUAACCUUAAAGAUAUAUCUCAAGCAUUGAAUAGAGUCAAUGCAGAUGGCUCUAAAGGUACAAAAUUGAGAAAAUCGUAUAAGUCCCACAUUUCUGAUCUUUCAGGGAAACACACGAUCCCAAAGGAAGACAGAUCUUUUGUUAACAUAGCGUUAACUCCGGAUAACCCUGAACUUGUGAAACCGAAGAUAGAGAAGUUUGAUUUGAAUUACCUAGAUAAAGUACUGAACUUUGAAAAAACAGGGCCAACAGGCAUUCCAGGGUUUGACCCGUCUAAGUUAGUGUUACCAGGUGACAAUACCAAAAAGGAGAAGAAACGUAAGGCAACGAGUGCUGCUACUUCACCGGAGCAAUUACCCGAUAUUAAAAGAAGACAAAUUUGA